GGAGAGCGCGCGCCGUAGCGAAGUGGUCGCACAUCGUUUCCGCCGCUAAUAUCUCUUCGGCCUCAUCACCAUCCGUGGCGUGACGGUGUGAAUUUGUGGAGAGCGCGGGCUUUGAAACAGUGAAAAACCGAACUCAAAAAGUGGCGCCUCAUUAGGUGGAGUGAUAAAGUGAAGUAGGAAAAGAUAAAAAAAAACUGAAGCCGUCGUUGUGCGUGGUGUUGUGUGCAGUGUGCAGUUCCACUCCCCCUUGCGAUUGAUUUGUUCGGAAGCAAAGCCACACAAAAAAGGAAGCACCGUAAGGUUAAGCGAUCGAGCGAGAGAGAGAGAGAGAGCGCGCGCGUGAGCGAGGGGAAAGCCGGGAAAACAAGGAACCACACCGAGAGAGGCCAAGUUCCCUCGGUUUCGCCCACAGCCAGCAGCAGCAGCAGCCAGGCGAGCGUCGUUCGGAUUGAGUGAGGAAAUCGGCGCGGAAAACCACCGAAAGCAACAAGGGAGAGAAAGUGUGAUAGCAUCGCCCGGACAGAGGAGGCAACAGAGGAUUUCGGGCCAACAAAAGGACGACCGGGGGUUGUUGUUGUUGUUGUUUGGGUUCGCGAAAGUAAGCUCUAGCUUAACGGCCGGAAAGCUGGAUUUCAAAAUGCUGAUGCAGGUCUCGCCGGAUGCGGCCGACGCCGCACUGACGCUGGUGCAGACCGGGGCCAGCACGACGUCCGGGUCGGGCGGGUCGUCCGGGAGCGCACAGAAGGACACCACCUGGACGAAGCUGUUCGUCGGCGGGCUGCCGUACCACACGACCGACAAGAGCCUGCGGGAGCACUUCAGCGUGUACGGGGACAUCGAGGAAGCCGUUGUGAUAACCGACCGCACGACGAACAAAAGUCGCGGCUACGGAUUUGUGAUUAUGGGCGACCGGAUGAGUGCCGAGCGGGCGUGCAAGGAACCGAACCCGAUCAUCGAUGGCAGAAAAGCGAACGUCAACCUCGCGAUCCUCGGGGCCAAACCGCGGGGCAACGCCACGCCAGGUUUCUCCUUUGCCACGACAGGACUGCGGACCGGAUACCCCGUGAUACCAGGACAGUACGGAGUGCCACCAUCGUACAUUUACGGUGCACCGUACCUGGGCACGGCGGGAGGAUCGACGGGAGCUACAGGAGCCGCCUCCGGGCUAGUGCCGAUACCCGCGACGCAGUUGUCCCACGCAGCGGCGAUCGCUGCGGCCACUAGUCAAUUCUACGAAUAUCAGAACGCUGUAGCCGCUGCAGCAGCCGCGCCCUACCCGGGCCAGUACAGUGCCGGGUUCGACGCUUAUCCGUACGCGUCGGGAGCAUCAGCCGGUGCAGCCGCUGCCGCCGCCCAGUAUAUGGCCGGACCGUACACGUACGCCACGUUGCCGCAGGCAGGAGCCGCCGCCGCUGCAGCUGCGGCGGCGGCCGGUGCCUUUCCCGGCCUGUCGCCCUACCAGAACGCGACCGGCGCAUCGCUCCAGGAAGCUAGACUACAAUAAUAUUUACUACCGCAGGCGCUAAUGGUGUCGCUGCUCGGUGCUGGCGGUGCCACCGCCGGCGUUGGUCUCGAUGCCGUCGACGUCAAGCGGCCCUAGGUGCGACGGUGGCCACUGCCCCGAGUGAAGAAAAAUGGGGGCAACAACAAAUAAGCGAAUUGGGUGUAGCGUGAUCGCAUAAAGAUAUUAGGCAGCCAAAAAAAAAAAAUGGAGAGGAAAAUGUGAAAAGGAAAAAAAAAUGUGAGGUGGCAUCAACUGUCAGCUGUCAGAUCGGGGGUCUUUAUUCAGUUUUAGUUAGCCACGAUAGUUUUACUCUCUACCAUCUAUAUUACCUAUUUAGUGCUCUGCCCGGUAGUAGUACUUACACUAACUGCAUAUAGUACGGUAUAGUAAGAGUAAUUCAAUUCUAAACAACCGUCGCGGCCACCGCCGCCGCCGGCAGACACAAAGCAAACAAGGAAACGAAAAGACGACCAAUCAAAUCACCUGGAAACACACAAAUAUAUCUCAAACAAUAGAGAGCGAGAGAGAGAGAGAGUGAGGACGAAACACUCACAAUAUCAUUUAUUCGGAACUUGCACAUAGUUAAGCACACACCCCACAACACACACACAGUGCGGCCUCCAAAAAGGGCCGCAAACAACACGACAAGCAAAGUACAGCAAAUCAGAAAGCAAAUCAUCAAAUAAAUUCUAUUUAUUAUACCCUAGUUUUAACGUAUCAUAAAACCAAACGUCGGGCGCUGUGUGAGCCACUGCCGCCACAUGAUGUUGUGAGCCACAGCCGAGAGCGAGUGAGUGAUCGAGAGGAUGAUGCUGAUAACCAUGGCGGAUGAAGGGCGAAAUAACAUUAUUUACUAAUAUAUGUAUAGGUGAUAAGGUGCGCGGAACCGCCGGGCAGGGCCGAAAGGAAAGGAUGAUGUGUAUUAACUUAACAAACGCUCAAUUCUUUAGCAGAAGCAAAUACAUAUAUUGAAAAUCGACAAAAAAAAAGAACGCGCGAUAUCAACAUAAAUAGUUAUUCGAAUAUGAAAGGAGAAGGUCCGAAGGGAGAGAAGGACACGGCUCCGACUCGACUCCUUCUGCAAUAGGUGUGCCGAUGAAGUAGCGGCGAGAUGAAGCUUUUCGAGAGUAGACGCGCGCGCGACGGUAGAUUUCUUCUGAAUUUCAAAUGGGGCAAAUAGAGGUAGAGGAGGUAGCCGGUAACUCUUGUCACCCGCUCAAUCAACCGCUGAGCCCACCACCAGGGGUGGACCCACCCAGCAUAUCCCCCCCACCGAACCGUAACACGUACAGAGAGAGAGAGAGAGACAGAGACCCCCAAUUUGGUGAUCGCUAAAACAUGUACACGGAAGAGACAGGACGAAACCGUCCCCCAUUUUGACAAGAGCAGUUGAGAAGGUUGAUCAUGUUUCCUUUUUUUGCCUUGUUUUUGGCCAACAGCAAAAGAAAAGAGUGGCGCACUUUGCACGUAGGCUUCACAAUCCGCACACCGAUGAUGCUGCGGACGUGAGCAGCAUAUCCGGACCCCUCGGCGGGGGCUUGUUGCGGUGCCGGUCCGGUUGCGGUGCACUCUCUCUCUCUCUAUGAACCCACGAGUCAGCAGCAGUCACGAGGGCAGAAGGAAAUUCUAGUCAAAUGUGGUGUGUUUUUGUUUUUCGCGAUACUCUCUCGAUUAGAAAAAAACGGGGGUUUAUUUAUUUUGUUGCCUCGAUGGUGCGUUAACUUUAGUUCCCCGUGGCCUGCCAGAGCGACAGCGCGGCUCGUGUGGCGAUCCGCGUGAGUCCCAACCACGACCAAACCGUUCGAUUUCAUUCAGUUCCGGUUUCGUACUCGGCACUCUCAGUGAGUAGUGAGUCUCAGAAUGAGUUUGCAAAGUAAUAAGCUCAAGUCACGCCACACCUCCACAACACGAACCCAACACGAACGACAAAUUAACGUUAUGAUAAACCUCAAAACCGCCGAGAAAAAGUUAACCUUAUACCGCGAGAGUAUACACACAAAUGUACUGCAAAUAAAAGAAAAAAAGUUUUUCAAAAUACUACAAAAGAUCGCUAGAGGGCCCGGAAAAAGGCGGGACACAGGAACAGGACACUCUGGCACUGCUCGGGCACCGCCGCCGCCUCCGGGGCAGGAGCUGUCGGGAAAGGUCCGUUCGUUCGUUCGUUCGUUCGCUCCGUAUCGUAUAUUCACGGCCGCGAACGGGAAAGGGAAAGAAAUCGUGCCUUUCACAAAGACAAAAUGAAUUAAUGAAAAACACAACACACACGAUAGCGAAAUGCAUACAAACCAAAUCAGUACAGAGGACAAACACACACACUGCAAAAAUAUAUAAAAAUAAUACGAUAUGCUUAAUAACAUUAAUUAUACGAAGCAUCCUUAGCAAAGCCAAAUCGGUGGCCACACGCCGCGUGCGGGGAAGAGCAAUAGGAAUCGGGGUGGAAGAGGGGAAACACAGGAUAGGCGCAUCACGUCCCUGAUCGAACGGAUCGGGAAGGAAUCGCUGACAAUAUCGAGGUCCGACGGGGAAUGAUGGAUACACACACGAUGGACACGGAAACGGAAGGAGCCGGAACCGGAACCGGAAGAAGGAUGCAAAAUGCAACCAAGUUAAAGAUUUCAGCCCAACACAGAGAGAGAGAGAGAGCUAGGAACCCCUUGAACUUGUUAACAAAGAUUAUAUGAUAGAACGAGCGACAUAUUUUGCCAAGACGAAGAGAUUUUUCUUUCCCUUCAGCGAGAGAGCGUCGUCCCAUAUUGCAAUACGGCGGAGAGAAGGCGAUCGGUUUGUGGGUGACGAAGACACGACACGUUGGCGGUGAUCUUCUGAGCAAGAAUGACAAGCUGGCAAAGAACAUCCUUACAAAGACUGAGUCUGUGUGUUUCGUUGCUUCUCGAGGAUCAUUGUGCGAUCGAGGUGCGAUUAAACUUGCAAUAUACAGAAUCGGCGGCGGGGCGGCACACAACCUACUCUCGCACGGAAGAUGGUGCGAUCGAUCGAUCGAUCGAUCGAUCGAGAGAGAGAGAGAGAAUGUUUCGUUGUGUCGCAGGAAGGACGAAAGAUUUGUUUUACAAUUCGUUGACGCAAAAUGGCGAAUGGAGCAGCAGCAGCAAUGGGUGACCGUUUGUAGAUGUUAAGUUUAAAUUAUUUAUACAGUGAACGCAAUGCAAUGAUGAGGACGUGGUGAAGAUGAUGGGGUCUGCGAGAGGAGAGGGGCACGUAACGGAGUUAGGAGUUUUGUAAAAGAAUCUCAUACUAUAUUAUUGAUCGCGGCGCGGCAGAUUGGCAUCCAUCAUGUGGGUUUUUGGGGCGGCAUCAGCUGUGUGGAUAGGAAAUUUACUCUAGGAUCUAAGGAAGGUUCGUGCGUAGCUACCACCGUAACCGUAACUAACAAUCGGAGACGAUUCGGGCUCGGCAGGCGGCCCGGAAGCGGAAAUCUAACACACAAGCAAUUACCAGCGCUGUCGGGUGCCGGAGUCAGCAAACCCUCCCGACAGAGAGUCCGUACGUACACACUCACUCACACAAACACACGUAAUAAAUAAGCAUAUUUUAAUAUAUCGAUUAUAAACUCCCAUCAACCACAACUCUUACUAUCAAUCAAUCGGAACCAAACGGAAAGGAAGGAAAUAUAUUACAUUUAAAGUACUACAGGCGUGACACGGGGUCACGGCGACACAGGAGCAGCACCGUUUAUCGUUAGGAAAGUGUAGUCAGCAACAACAACAACAGGCUCACCACCGUUAACAGUGAGAAAGAUACCCGUAAAGAUAUAUCAGACAAAAACAAGACAUCAGCAGCAAACAGCGCAUACAUCUCAGUAGAGAGACAGAAACAGAGAGAGGGAGAGAGAGAGAGAGAGAGAGAGCAGCACGGUGGAUGAUGGUAACAAAGAAACAAAGCAAAAAAAGUACUAUACAGAUUAGAAGCUCUAUAUACAUACAUAAAUAUAUAUAUUUAAAGAAAAAAAAAGAAUAUAAGACUAUUGCAUAAAACAUU